AUGGCUUCAAUAAUAAACAACACGACAUCAUCAUCACGAUUUGCAGAUGUCGAGACCACCGUCAUCACAAAGCGGCCUUACGAAUCUGCUGAGGAAGAAGGUGAAGAAGAGCUGGUCAAGGACAUCAGUGGAGAUGUGAUUGACCAUGGACUUCGACGGGGGCUAAAAGGCCGGCAUUUUGUGCUCAUUGCUCUGGGGUCGAUCAUUGGGCCUGGAACAUUCUACGGGUUAGGAUACGCUCUGUAUCUCUCUGGUCCUCUAGGAUUGUUAAUCGGCUUCGGACUCAUUGCAAUUGCUGUCUGGAUACUGAUGCAGUGCGUCGGAGAAGUCACGGCAAUGUUUCCGGUUCACGGUGGUUUCAUUGAGCAUGCAAAUCGUUUCGUAGAUCCUGCACUGAGCUUCGCACUUUCGUGGCUUUACUACAUCAUGUGGAGUAUUUAUCUGCCGGCUGACUGGAACGCAGCAGUACUCAUCCUGGAAUUCUGGGUCCCAGAUAGCAAAAUGCCAUCGUGGGCAUGGUACCUAAUCUUCUGGGCUUUCUUUAGCGUCAUAACGACACUCGGAGUACGCGUUUACGGUGAAUUGGAAUAUAUUUUCGGCAUGUUCAAAUUCUGUUCACUGAUCGUCCUAUUCUUCAUAUCUAUUCUCGCCAAUGUUGGAGCCUUUGGAGGCGGUUAUGUGGGAUUUAGAUACUGGACACCUCCAGAUGGUCCCAUCAUUAACGGCAUCAACGGAUUCGGUCAAGUCUUUAUACUUGCUGCAACUUACUACGUUGGGACUGAGGUCAUAUCACUCGCGGCUGGGGAAUCAAAGAAUCCUCAGCGUGAUGUGCCUGCUAGUAUGAGCUCUAUUACGUACAGAAUCCUUGUCGUUUACAUGGGUAUGGCCUUUUUCCAAGGUCUCAUCUGCCCAUCGUCAGCAGACGGCCUGAUACACGCCGACUCCGCUGUGGCAAGUUCACCAUUCACUAUAGGAUUUGAACUCGCCGGCUGGAAAACCGCCGGCCAUUUUGUCAAUGCGAUUAUUAUAAUUGCUUUCCUUUCAGCUGGCAACGGCGUGGUCUACGUCCAGUCACGAACUCUCUUUACCAUGGCCUUGACGGGAAAGGCUCCAGCAAUUUUUAAGACAACUAGCAAAAGAGGAGUGCCUUAUGUCGCCAUCUUAUUCUCUAAUCUAUGGGGCUUCCUUGCCCUAAUGAACCUCUCCGUCGACGCCGGAACUGUCUUCACCUAUUUCAACUCUGUCAGCGGCACAGCGGCUUACUUCACUUGGAUAAUCAUUAUGCUCACCUUCUUACGUGUGCGCAGUGGCUUGAAUGCUCAGGGAAUCGACCCAAAUACACUACCCUAUCGUGCAAAGGGUAGUAUCUGGAUAUACCGACUUACGUUGGCUUUCUUCGUGUUUCUACUUCUCAUCCAAGGAUUCACAUCUUUCACAGAUGGGUUCCAUUAUAAGAUCUUUGUCUCUUCAUAUAUCACAAUACCGACCUUCAUUAUUUUGUUCUUCGGAUACAAGUUUUAUCAUGGGACACGAUGGCUCCGAGCACACGAAAUCCCCUUAGCAGACCGCAACGUUUACGACGCAGCCCUAGAUCUGGGAAAGCCGAAAGGAUGGAAGAAGAUUGGCGAUUUGCUUAAAAAUUAA